AUGGUUAAGAAGGUGGCCAAUCUUAAAGAACUCAAUGGUAGCUCAGUGUUCAUAUCUUGGAGGCGUGGCACGUCAAAGGUGCAGGGAGAGACCACCCAUACCAUCGUUAGGAAUGGUGAGGCCACCUUUGAAGAGAAGAUAUCCUUUGAGUCAAAGUUCUUCAUUGAUGCCAAGACACAGAAGCCCGACGAGAAGAAGCUGUCAAUGUCAUUGAAAGAGGAGAAGAAGAAGUCCUCAAGUGGAAAGGUGUUGGGAAAGAUAGAACUCGACUUGACCUCCUAUAUGAACUACAAGACCACUCAGAUCGUUAAUCUAUCAUUCACCAAAGGCAUCAAGCCUGAGCCACAGAUAACUCCCUUGGUUAAAGUUCUAAACAAAGAUACCGUAUCCAAGGAUCCAAGGUUGGUAAAGACUAUCUCUGGAGAGGACUACUUCUUGGACAAGACAGACUCUGCAUCAGAUACAACCGUCGAUACAUCACAGAUCACCGAUAUGUCAGUGGACUCUUUUGGAGACGACGACAUCAAUGAUGAUCUAGGAGAAUCAAAGAAGGAGUUGAGACAGCAGAUCGAUCAGAUAACAAAAGAGAAGGAGCUGGCAGAGAAUGAAGCAGAUGAUCGACUACAAAGGAUGAAGGAUAUGGAGACUGAGAUUGAGAAUCUCAAGAAACAGAACAAGAUACUGCACGAUGAUAUAGCUGAUAAGGAGAGGUUGAUCGAGUCCUAUCAGGUCGAGAAGGAUGACCUAAUCAAUCAACAAAUGAUGCAAUCAUCCAGAGCACUGAGCGAUAGUAAUGGUGUAACAGAGGUUGAUAUGCUGAAACAAGAGAAGCUGGAAAAGAUGACCGUAAUCGCCAAUCAGGAGAAGGAGAUUGCCAAACUCAAGAAGCAGGUUAAACAGAACCAGCUGUCAAACUCAGAGAUUGGCUCACUCACUGGCACUGACCUUCGAGGCAAAUACACAGCACUGCAGCAAGAGAACGAGGAGAUGGAGAAGAUGAUCGCACGACUUGAGAAGGAGAACGCAGAGCUACAAGAGAAGCUAAAUGUUGGCAUCACCACAAAGAAAAGAAGCGAUUCAUUCAAUGGUGGCAACAGUGCAAAUGAUAUUGGUGUCGUUACAAAGUCUGGCUCAGUCGAUGAGCUGAGACGACAGUCACUGGCCUACAAGCAGGAGCUCGAUGAGAAGACUCUGAUCGAGAGGACCAUCUUCUUGGCAGAACCACAGUUCAAGGGUACUCUGUCGGUCUCUGGCAUCAACCUGUUUGAUGGAUUGGUGGCACAAGGCAUUCUGAAGGAUGCCAAAAGUGGCAGCAGGAUCUUCUCAUCAAUAUCCACUGCGUUUGAGACCACACUGAAGAAGUGUAUCAACGACAACAAUAUGCUCGCCUACUGGUUGUCCACCAGUUGUCUGCUGCUGGCCAAGAUCGAAUCGUCACAAGGCUAUGCUGGCAGUGAGGCCGCUGACAAGGCUGGUCUCUCACCAAUCAGCAGUUUUGAGUACCAGCUCAAGACCACCAUAUUUAAGUUCUACAGUCGACUGAUUCAGAACACCUACGCAAAGAUCUCACCCGUGUUGAUCAGGAGUAUACUUCAACACGAAAUACAUGCAUUCAACAGUGGCAGACUACUAAAGAGGAAGUCUGCAUCAGAUAUUCCAACUUCGCCAUCAAUCAACAACAACAACAACACAGCUUCACCAACAGCGGCAACAACAAGACAACAAAAUCAUCAUCAACAUCACAGCAUAUUCAAUAGCAACUCACUUUUGGACAUUCUAGAGGAGAUGCACGACAUCCUUCGUCAGAACUAUGUGCAUUCGAAUCUUGUUGGACAAUUCUUUUCACAGGUGUUCUUCUUCACCAACGCGCUCCUUUUGAACAGCCUCAACUCGAUUCAUGGUCUCUGCAGCACUGCCAAUGGCUUCCAGAUGAAGAUAGAGAUCUCCAAGGUACAGGACUGGGUGGCACAGGUCAACCUGACAGAGUCAAUCGUUCAGAUGCAACAGAUGAUCGAAGUGACCAAUCUGCUCGUGAUGGACAAGAAGUUGAUAUCCGAUGCCGACGUUUUGGAACAAGUGAUACCAUCGAUGCAACCGCAUCAUGUCAAACAUCUGCUCACUCUAUUCCAAACGGAUCAGAUCAAUAGUGAUCCCAUACCAUCUGGACUGUCCAAGGCAAUCGACCAAAUCAUUAACAAGAGUGGUGAACAAUCACCGCAGACAUUCGACAUUGAUCUGACCUACAUGAACCAACUCUCAUUGGACUUCCUCAAAGACUCUAGCUACAGGGCAUCAGACAGGAGGGACACUGCUGGACGAAACAAUGCCCCCACCAACACAAGGAGGUAA